CAAAUUCUCAUAAAAAGACCAGACUUAAUGGUCUGACUGAGACUAGAGGAAUCCCGGCGGUCAUGGUCCCCAAACCUUCUGUUUGCACAGGACGGGAACCAUCCUCGAAGACAACUCAUCAGACAUGGAAGGGACUGGACAGUGGGUAGGAGAGAGAUGCUGAUGAAGAGUGAGCUAAUUAUAUCAGGUGGACACUUGAGAGUGUGUUGGCAACUCUUGUCUGGAGGGGGGGAUGGGAGGAUAGAGAGAGAGGGAAGCUGGCAAAAUUGUCACGAGAGGAGAGACUGAAAGGGCAGCCUCAAUAGGGGAAGAGCAAGUGGGAGUACGGAGAAAGAUGUAUGUAAACUUAUAUGUGACAGACUGAUUGGAUUUGUAAAUGUUCACUUGAAGCUUAAUAAAAGUUAAUAAAAAAAUACGUUUAAUUACAUAAAUAAUGAAUAUUUAUUGUAGAUAAAUUCAGAAAAUACACAUAAUCAUAAAAGAAUAAAAUUGCCCAUGGUCACUAGAAUCCCACUUCGCAGAGAUAAUGCUGUUAACAUUUUGGUGAAGACCUCCUAUUUUUCUAGACAUAUGUAUAGAUGCUUGGAAAUUUUUUUCUUUUUUCACAAAAAUGGAUCAUAGGUAUUGCAUUGAGACCUGCUUUAUUCAAUUAAGUGUAUAUUGUGAACGUAUCCAUGUCGAUAAAUAGAAUUCAUUUUUAAUGGCUGCGUUGUAUUCCAUUGUCUGGAUAUAUAAUAAUUUACCAGACUGAUUCUAGCUUGUUUCCAAUUUUUGACCGUUACAGAUAACAUCGUAAUUAAUGUGUUUGCACAUCUGUCUUUCACACAUCCAUAAUUAGGUAAAUUUCCACAAGAAUUGCUGGGUGGAAGCAUAUUUAUGAGUUUUUUUUAAGACUUUAAAGAUACUUCAUUGUCAAGCCGAAGUUUAGAUACAAGAAACAGAAACUGUACUUUCAUCAAGGAGCCCUGGUGGUGCAAUGGUGAAGGUCGGGGAUCUGAACCCGCCGUCUGCUCCUCGGGGGAAAGCUGUGGCAGUCUGCUUCCAUAAAGAUUAGCAGCCUCGGGGAGCCAGCGGGCAGUUCUGGUCUGUGUUACAGGGCCUCUGUGAGUCAGCGUUGAUUCCAUGGCAAGGAGGUUGGCUUUUUCAGCUGUUUGGUGAAGCAUCCAUGCUACUUCACUAUUUGAAGCUUUUCAUUAAAGUUCUUAACCAGUUUCUUAAUAAUUGUUAAUGAUUAAUCACACUAAAUUCAAUGCCCCCCCCCUUUUUUUUACGAGAAUUUUAUUAAAGAAAGGUCUCAUUUUUAAGCCUGUCCUUCAGCCUGGACGUUUUGAUAUGCUUCUAGGAGGAUUUUACAAAGCUCCCCAGGUAGUUGUGAGCAGCAGGAUGUGGGGACCACUGCAUUAGACCAGUGCUUUCAGUCUUUUCUAGCAGAGUAAACAUGAUCACCAUGCUGGGAAGCAGAGCCCACUUAAGCCUGCCACCAGAACAAAAUUUCUUCGAAGCGUCCUGUUUUAACUUGGUAAUUCCUAUCGAAUUUAACUUAGAAAUUCCAUAAGAUAUUUUGUUUUUUUAAAAGAAUUUUUAUGGUUUUAUUAUUUAUAUUUAAAUCGAAGACCUAACCGGAUUUUAUUUUCUCGUAUGGUACGAAGGAAGGGGGUCUAACUUGAUUUUUUUCAAAUGGAUAACCAGUUGUCCCCGUGGCAUUUAUUGAAUGAGUUGUCCUUUCUCCACUGAUCUGAAAUGUCACCUUUAUUAUAUACCAGAUUCCAGUGUGCAAUAUAGAUAAGUCUGUGUCUGGGCUGUGUUUAUAUAUUCCUUUGUGAAGGCCAUGCCGUUUUAAUAACUGUGACUCUGAAGCACUUUUGUUUGGCAGUCAAUCUUAUGUCACUGUCCUCUUCAAAUACUCUCAACAUUAAAUUUAAAUUUCUUACAAUAACAUAUUGACAAUGAAGAUCACAACUGUACCCUAGCUGUCAGCCUCAUCUUUGCUACUCUCCUGGAACCUGCUUGCCCCAAACUGACCGUAUCUACCUCGAAAUUUCUUGCAGUCAUCCCAGUGUUCCUUUUUAAUUACACAAGUAAUGAAUGUUUAUUGUAGAUAAAUUCUACAAUUUAUGACUUGUCUUUGUGCAGGUCAUUCAUUUUGCCUGCCUGCUUCUCCUGAUGCGGUUCAUUUUUCCUUCAGGAUCCAGCUAAGGCUCUUCUCUUGUGUGAAACCUUUCCAGAUUUCCCCUAGGCCACAGUAAACCUUUCUCCUCUGUGCCCUUCUAGUGCUCUGUGCGUAACUCUUCCAAUCUUUUGUAUCUAAAGCCAUCCAAAAAGCUUCUAGCACAACGUUACGCAUUACAUUCAGUUUGAAAAUAUAAAGCAGUGAAAUUCUUCAAAAUAUCCUCGGUAUACAGUGCUCCUUCAAGGGCCUGCAUGCUUUUAAAAACUUUUGUUGUUGUUGUUGAGACUAUACACAGCAAAACAUACAGCGCUUCAGCAGUUUCUCCAUGUAGAGUUCAGUGACAUCGGUUACAUUCUUGGAGUUUGGCAACCAUUUCUCACCCUCCUUUUCCGAAUUGUUCCUCCCCAUUAACAUAAAGUCACUGCCCCCUGAGGCUCAUAUCUGAUCUUUCGAGUGGCUGUUGUCAGUGUGAUCCCAUAUAGUUAAUUCUUAAGAGAGCAUGAUGCUUAAAGCAGUUAAGGCUACACUACUGUUUGGUUUUAAGAAGACUUCAGGGGAUAUUUUUUAUUUAAAGUUUAAAGGUUAUCCUAAGGCAAUAGUUUCAGGCAUUCAUCCAGCCUCCAUCACUCCAGAAAGUCUGGAGUGCAUGAGAGUUUUAAAUUCUGUUCUACAUUUUCCCCCUUUUGAUCAGGAUUCGUCUGUAGAAUCUUUGAUCAAAAUGUUUAUUAAUGGUAGCGGGGCACCUUGCAGUUGCCUCCACGCUUUUUUACACAUACUGUUUAUGGGGCUGCAUUGCCUAGCAGGUUCCUGCUUCAGCUUUAGGACUGCUCAGGAGUCAUGCUUCCCCUCAGCAGAGUUCCCUGCCAACUUUCGUUGUGCUUGGUGCAUGUCUCUUUGUAACAUUUUUCAUGGGGCUCUAUAACAGUACACAUCGGGAAGUACAGUGCUGUUUAGUGAUUUGGCUUUGGAAUGAAAUAACCUAAGUUCUAAACCUAGCUUUACCACUCUCCAGCUUUGUGACCUGUGACCAAUUAUUUAAUAUUUCUAAGCUUCAGUUUCUUUAUGUACAAAAUGGGGAUAAUAAUAUUUCCUUCCUUAUAGGGUUGGCAUAAGGAUCAAAUGAGACAGCACCUCUCGAGAACAUAGCCCUGUAUCUAGUGCAUAGGUAGCCCUGAUUAAGGGCUUGUUAUUGUUAUGUCUGAAUCCACUAGACUUGGUGUAAGACUUUCUCUAAUUUAUCUCUGAAACCUAAUACCUAGCCCAGGGCCUGGCAGGGAGUAGACUGAUAAAUAAAUUACCAGCUGUCCUCAAAACAGCCCCCUUCCCACCUCAUGUUUCUCAGUGGUGCCAUCGUUGUCUUUAGAGCCAUCUUUAACUUCUCCUCAUCCUUCAGAACAGAAAUUGAUUGUUUACGGUGAACCAAGCACUGUACAAGGCCCUGGAUGUAUAAUGAGACAAAAAUAUGUAGUCUCUACCCAUUGGAGCUUACAGUAUACCAGAAGAAGUAAUUAAAAGAGAAGAAUAAAAAAAAAAAAAAAGAAUCUGGGGCUCAUUAUGCUUUUUUCACUCUAUUUUUGUGUGUGUUUGCAAAAUUUUUAAGUAAGUAAAAGAACAAGUAAUUGUAGAAUAUUAUGUGCUAUAAAUAAAAUGAAUAAAGACUGUGUUAGACAACAACAGGGAAGUCCAGCAUGGAUAAAGUGGUCAGGGAGGACCUGUGGUGUUUAUACUUAAACUGAGACAUAAGAUUGAGACGGAGCCGGUCAGAGAGAAGGGUGUUUCUGACAGAGAGUAUCGCGUGUGUGCCAAGCCAUAAGAGAGCAAGGUCUUUAGUGUAAUCCAGACAGUGCAAGGCCAGAGUGACUGUAUUGGAGUGAGCAGGAAUGAAGGGAUGAUGUUGGAGAACUGGAGAGCUAGUAAGCAGAGUCCAUACACUGAAGACCUUGAAGACCAAGAGGAGGAGUUAGAUUUUAUUCCCAUUGCACCGUGAUACUUGAAGGCUUACAAGCAGAGAGUAAGCUGAUCUAAUUUACAUUUUUAAAAGAUGUGCAUCAGAAAGAUUGGAGGAAGACAAGGGUUGAAGCAGAGAGGCCAGUGGGGAGGCUAUUGCAGUAAUUUAGACAAGAGAUGAUAACAGCAAGAGAGAUGGAGAACAGUAAAUACAUAGUGUAUCUGAGAUACAUCUUAGAGAUAGACUCAGUGGAAUUUUCUGGUGGAGUAGAAGUAGGAGGUGAGGGAGAGAUAGAACCAUCAUUUCUGACCUGGAAACUGAAGACUGUGUCAUUUACUGAGAUGGGAAAGAUUCAAGCAGAAUAUGUUUUGGGGGGGAAGUCAAGAGUUAAAUUUUGAUUAUAUUAAAUUUGAGGUACCCAAGUAGAAAAGUCAAAUAAGCAAUUGAAUGUAACACCUGGAGUUUCAAGGUAUGUUCUAGGCUACAGACAUAAAUUUGAAAGUUUUCACUGUAAGGAGAAUAAUUAAGACCAUGGGAAUGGUUGACAUCCCUAAGGGAAAGAGUGAAAGAGAGCUUGGUAUUAAGUUCUGAAUCGCUAUUAAUGUUUGGAGAUGGGGCUAGAAGAGGACAAAGGAGCAAAGUAGGAGGAGCCAAAUAAGUAGAAAGAAAACCUGGAGGGUGAGGUACCUAAGAAUCCACUGUAUCCCCGUCCAGUGCCUAGAACAGUCCUGUCCAGGGCUGGAGUUCAGUGAUUAUCCAUCGAGUGAAAUCAAGAGAAGAGGUUAUUUCAAGAAGGAGGCAAUAAUUAACAGUAUUUGGUGCUGCUGAAAGGAGUCCUGGUGUAGCAGUGCUUCAGUGGUUGGCUAUUAACGAAAAGGUUGGCAGUUCGAACCCACCAACUGCUCCAAGGGAGAAAAGAUGUGGCAGUCUGCUUCUGUAAAGAUUACAGCCUUGGAAACCCUAUGGGGCAGUUCUUCUCUGUCCUAUAGGGUUUCUAUGAGUUGCAGUCAACUCAACAGCUAUGAGUUUUUAGCUGCUGGUGGUACAACGGUUAGGCACACUCAACUGCUAACCCAAAGGUCGGCAGUUUGAGCCCACCUAGUGCCUCUGUGGAAAGAAGACUUGGCAGUCCGCUCCUGUGAAGAUUACAGCCAAGAAAACUCUACGGGGAAUCCCUGAUGGAGUAGGAGAACAGUGGGAUGCAGAUCUCAAAUUCUCUUGAAAAGACCAGGCUUAAUGGUCUGACUGAGACUGGAGGGACUCUGGAGGUCAUGGUCCCUGGACCUUUUGUUAGCCCAAGAUUGGAACUAUUCCCAAAGCCAACUCUCCAGACAGGGAUUGGACUGGACUAUAAGAUGGAUAAUGAUACUGGUGAGGAGUGAGCUUCUUGGAUGAAGACACAUGAGACUAUGUGGGCAACUUCUGUCUGGUGGCGAGAUGAGAAGGAAGUGGGGGACAGAAGCUGGUUGAAUGGACACAGGAAAUACAGGGUAGAGAGGAGGAAUGUGCUGUCUCAGGAGGAGAGCAGCUCUGAGUACAUAGCAAGGUGUGUAACUUUUUGUAUGAGAGACUGACUUGAUUUGUAAACUUUCACUUAAAGCACAAUGAAUAAAUAAAUAAAAAGAAAUUAACUCUAGAUUAUUGAGAAACCUUCAAAAAAAGCAGCUCUAUGGAGCAGUUCUACUGUGUCGGAUGGGGUUGCUAUGAGUUGGAAUUGACUUGAUGGCACCCAGCAACAACAACACAGUGCUGCUGAGAGGCCCAGUAAGAUAAGGGCAGUGAACUACUCAUUGGACUGGCAACAUGGAUGUUGCUGUGAUGGAAUUGGGAGUCAAUUAGAAGGGGUUGGAUAGAGAGUGCGUGGGAGGUGAGAAAAUGCAGAUACCAUAUUUUUAACACUUUAACAAAGUUUGACUGAAGGGAGCAGAGAGCUGAAAUGGUAGCUGAAGGGGUAUAUGGAAUGGACGAAGAGUUUUUGUUUUUUAAGAGGGGACGUACUAGAGUUUAAAUGUGUACAUAUGGAAAUGAUCUAGUUGAGAGUGAGUGACGGUUGAUGGAGGGAAGGGAUAAUCGCAAUAUUGGAUUUUAGGAGUAAGGGAAAGGGAAUGAGAUCAGGAAUGUAAGUAGAGGGAUUGUUCUCAGAAAGAGGAGGGUCUCUUCGUAUGUCGAAACGGGAAAGAAGGCAAAAUAGAUGUGGAUUCAGGGUAGUUUAUACAGCUGUUCAUGAGAAGAUGACAGAUUGCUAGUUUUGUUAUGGCUUUUUACUUCUCAAUGAAGAGUCAACAACAUCAGUUAAAUGGGGGGAAGAUUGUGAAGGAGGGAAAGAAAUGGGUAAAAAAUAGCCCUCUUAGAAGAGAAACUGGAAAGCCAGCUUGCGAGAGAAACCUAGUUGGAUUGUCAGUUAACAUCGAGUGCCCAUUUGGCGACCUUGACUUUAUGGUGAAAAUAACCUGCCUGGUUGAAUGGUCUUUGAUCAGUAUCGUUGACAUGGAGAAGACAGUUUAUUGGGUUCUUGGAUUGUGGCGUUCGAGAGGAGACCUUGGAAGAGAGUUGAGCAUUCUUGAAAAGGAGUGGAUAUAAUGAUUAACUAUGAAAUCUAAGCUGGGUAAAAAGAAAAAUGAAGUCAGGAGAGGGAAGGUGAGGUUAAGGAAUUGAAGAUCUCAUAGCAACUGAAAAAUUGUUUUCACGAGGGCACUUGAGUUAAGUGAGCUAGAAGGAUGAAUGAGUAGAUGAGUUUGGAGGUGAUGUAAUGGCGAAUUGAGUUUGGUGUGACAGUGGUAGGAUGUGGCUAAGGCACAGUGAAGGAAAAGAUCCUUGGAGCUGUGUAGUUCAGAGAACUGAGAGGCCAGAGUGUUUGGAUGUUGAAAUUAUGCUGAGGGUGAUGGCUGUGCUGGAGAGUUUUAACACUGAGCCAGAUGUGGUAAAAUAUCAGAUAGUGAUAAGUGUUCUGCAAAGAAUUAAAGUUGGUUUCUGGAAUAGAAAGAGGAUAGAUGAUUUCUUCAUACUGGGUGCACAGGGAAGGCCUCUCUGAGGAGGUGACAUGUGUGCUCAGAUACAAAUGAUAAGAAAAUUAGUGGGAAGAAUAAUUCAGGCAGGGGAAACAGCUAGUACAAAGGCUCUAAAGAGGAACAAACCCCAGGCCUUUGAGGAACAGAAAGAAGGCCAGUGAGGCUAGAGCUUCGUAGGUCAAAAAAGGGUGGGGCAAAAUGAAUUUGAAGUGCAGUAGGACCCGAUGAUAAAGAAUCUUGAAGAUGAUGGUCAGGAGUUUGAUGUAUGUGUUUUAUUCUAAGUGCCACAGUAUGGUCGCCAGCCUUCAAGAUGGCCCCAUGACCCCUUGCCUCCUGGCAUUCAUGCCUUUGUGCUGUCCUCCCUCACAUUGAUAAGCUGACCUAUGCAACCAGGGGAAUAUUGUGGAAAUAAUGGUGUAUGACUCCCGGAGCUAGGUCAUAAAAGACAUUGCAGCUUCUGCCGUGCUCUCUUGAAUCAGUCACUCUGAGGAACCUAGUCUGCCACGCUGUGAGGACACUUUAGUAGCCUGUGGAGAAGCUCACAUGGAGAGGAACCGAGGCCUGCGGCCAACUACCAUGUGAGCGAACUAUCUUGGAAGUAGAUCCUCCAGCCCUAGACAAACCUUCAGGUGACUGUAGCCCCUCACACAUAUUUCAUUCAUAAAUAUUCUGGUGUCUAUCUCUAAAAGGUAAGGGUUCUUUUAAAAAAAACCAUAAUGUACUUACCACACAUAAAAAUUAAUAAUUCCUUAAUAUCAUGAAAAAGUCAGUGUUUGAAUUUACCCUGAUUUUCUAAAAAAAAAAAAAGAAAAUGUGUUUUUUUUACCGUUGUAUCAGGAUCCAAACAAGGACGACUAAAUAGCGUUUGGCUGCUAUGUUUUCUGAGUCUCUUUUUUUCUAUAGGUUCCUCCCCCCCGCCCAUUUUUUUUACUCUCCAGUUUAUUUUUAAAAUAAAAUAUUUAAAAUAAACUUGGUCAUUUGUCCUGUAGUUGCUGACAUUCUGUAUUUUGCUAAUUGCAUGCCCGUGGUGUGUUUAACUUGUUCCUCUAUCUUUGUAUUUCAGGUAAACUGGUAGUUACAUCUAGAAGCUUAAUCUAAUUCAGUGUCUUUUGGUUUGGCAAGAAUACUUUACAGAAGGUGGUAUUUCCUGUCAUUAGGAGGCACCUAAUAACCAAUCGUCCUUUCUUACUAUGCAGUUAACUAAUGGUUAUCAAAGAUCAAUGCCUAGAUAUGUUAAUUUAUUAGUGGUUGCAAAUGGUGAUAUUCUGUCAUUUGUCGCUUGUCUUAAUCCAAGAACUGUGGAGUUGUUUGUUUGCAGGGGAAUAAGAAAAUGAAGGCCUUACAUAUAGAGUGAAAAAACUAAAGUUUUAACUCUCCUUUUUAAAUUGUAUAUCAUCUGUCUGCCAUACUUUAUUCAUCAUCUCCAUUGAAGAGACAUGCUAAUAAACUUUUCAUAUUUCUGGCAGUAUAAAACCAGGCAGUAUUUAAAGAUUACCACUAUAGCAUUUGGUCAAUGUAUUUCUUAAGUCUCUUUUUAUCUGUAGGUUUCCUCUCGUUGUAGAGUCCCCUCCCACAGACACACGUCUUCCUCUUGGCAUUUUUAGGAGGGUAUUUUGUUUGGAAAAUUGUUGCUUUCUCAUACUACCCUCAGUUUAUGCUGCAUCAUUAGUGGAAAAUCUUAGUUUUUGUGGCAGGCAUAAGGAAGCCAUGUUUCUGAAUAUUUUGGCCACUGAAAUGUACUUUAUUACGGAUAGCAAUAGGAAUAUAAUAUAUGAUGAGAAUUGUAUGUAUAAAUUAUGAAUCAAGUUAGGCAGGAAUGGAAUAUUGCCCCUUUAUGGGAAGACUCUGGAAUGUAGAAUUUUUUCAACAUUUAACAACUUGAUGCUUCCCUCUCUUCCAUGGAUCUACUUCAGUGUUAUGCAUUAUGUAUUAAGGAAAAAAUGCUACCAAUUAAUUGUAAGCUGUAAGAUGGCGUUAAUUGUAAAACCUGUCCGGAUUUCAGAGAUGUUAACGGGUAAAGAAAAAAAAUGUACAAAGUUUAUGAAAUAUAGUAUUUUGAUAGCAAAUACUAAUCAAGUCCAGGAGAAAAUAUAGAAAUAUAAGAAAAAUAAUUUUAAAAACCAAGCAACUUGAAGGAGGACUUGGUGAAAGUAUUCUGAACCUAAGAAUUAAAUGUGAAGUGGAGAGUUUUAUGUAUAAAAUAUCUGAGGUUAAGGUAGCUUUCCAUUGAUUUCUUCAGAGGUGAUCGUAAACUACAACUGAACUACCCUUGAAUUGGAUUAAAAAUUCCCAGUGGCCGUUACUUAAAUGAAAAGUUUCUUUAGCGUCGAACUGGUAGGUGCUAGCUUGUAGAAAGACCAGAUGUUGAAUGUAGAGCAUAUUUGGUAAAACAGAAGUUUAAUACGCAGCUUGAAUAGUAGCAUUCUUUUGCAGGUGCUUUUUGCAGUGUUUUCAGUUUUCUUUCUCCCUCUGGGUUCUGAUUACCACUUCCGUGUUGUUGCGAGGAGAUUUCUGCUAAUUUCACACGAGCUUGGAGUGAACCUGUUGUAGCUGGUCUUCUUGCUGAUGCGAGUGUUAAUAUUGCAAUAUGUGUGGGUAUAUAUAAGCAUCAACAUUCUUUCCAAACAUUUUGAUUUGGUUAGAUCAUCUCCAGCCAUCAUUGAGCUGCUAGCUAGAGUGCUACCAUUUAAUGAUAUCAUGCACUCUAGAAAUUCUUACAGUUAACCUUGCCACAAAGAAAAAGAUGACUACUCACUCAGUUAUUAGGAAGCAGUUUUUCUUCUUUGGACUAUUACAGUAGCCUUAUACCUCUUCUUCCUACCUCUAUGUGCUUUUGUCAAUUAGGCUAUAUAUAAUGGAAAAUCCAACUUUGCUUUAACCAAAUAGAGUUUUUUUUUCUUACCAACAGAAAAUUGAGAAGCAAUCCAAGGCAGGUACAGUCACUCCACCGUGGUGUUGAAGUCUCCAAUUCCUUCUCCCCAUCCUUAGGUGUGCCUAAGGCCACUUCACUGCUUCCCUCCCAGUUCCACCCCUCCCCACCUUUCCCCACGGUUGCCUUCCAUACAGGAAGAAGGAGGGAAGGGUAAGUGAGGUACAAAAGGUGUUUCUCAUCUAAUGAUGUACAUCCAUUGACCAGAGCUGUGACACAUGGCUACCUCUUUUCAUAAGAGAAGUUGGGAAAUGUGGUUUUCUAGCACAGCACAGGGUUACCCCCAAACAGAUCUGGAUUCCAGUAGGAAGGGUAGGCAACUAGCAGUUUUUGUUAUGUGCCCCUUUAGUCUGUGAUGUAUAUUUCCUAAAGCAUAUGUUCGAUUAGUGCAGCAAACAUUCAUUGAGUAUCAGCCCUGUGCCAGACACUGGGAAUAUAAAGGUUAGUAGCGUUGUUGUUUUGGGAGUGUUGCUGUUAGCUGCUGUCAAGUCAACCCGACUCAUGGCAAAACGCUGCCCGGUCCUGCACCAUGCCAAGAUCGGUUGCAGAUUGGACCACUGUGUUCCAUAGGGUUUUCAUUGCGUGAUUUUUGCAAGUAGGUCUCUAGGCACGGUUCCUAGUCCAUCUUAGCCUGGAAGCUCCACUGAAGCCUGUUCAGCAUCAUGGCAACACAGAAGCCUGCACCGAUACAUGGGUGGUAGCUGUGCAUGAGGUGUAUUGGCAAGAAAUCAAACCUGGGUCUUCUGCGUGGAAGGCCAGAAUUCUCCUGUUACACACCACUGCCUCAUAAAGAUGAGUAAGAUACUCCAUUCUUCCCAUACUUGAUAGGAGAGAUAGACAUCAAAACAACAAGAAAAUUAAAGCACUGCAACCUAUAACCCUCAAGGCAGGUGUGAUUGACAAUUACAGUGACUCAUCCAUGCCCUCACCAGAUAACUGGGCCCCUUUUACAUAGUGAUCUAACCCGGGUCUUCGGCACAGCCUAGCACCUCUGCACUGCCCUACCUCACUCCCCACCCCUGAGUGCUUGCAUUUUACUGAGUGAAUUAUCUCAGAAACGUGUAAACAUGACUAUGAUGUCAGUUUUGGAAACCACCGUCUGUCAUAUUGAACACAUUGGUGCCUGUAAGUAAUGGUCAGCCACUAAAUGCCAGGAUCAUGAGCGACAUUUUCAGACUUCAGAUUCCAGACCUUUGGCCGCAGAAAACUACUGAAAUGGCCGGUGCUUUCUCAGGAAGCCUGUGAGAAUUCUCAGCCAUAAGGAGUAGGGAAUAAAGCUCAGCUAUUAUCCAGUGUGUCCUUUGACCAUACUUAUUCAGUCUGUAUGCUGAGCAGAUAAUCCGAGAAGCUGGACUAUAUGAAGAAGAACGUGGCAUCAGGAUUGGAGGAAGACUCAUUAACAGCCUGCGAUAUGCAGAUGACACAACUUUGCUUGCUGAAAGGGAAAAGGACUUGAAGCACUUACUGAUGAAGAUCAAAGACCACAGCCUUCAGUAUGGAUUACACCUCAGCAUAAAACAAAAAUCCUCAAACUGGACCAAUAAACAACAUCGUGAUAAGUGGAGAAAAUAUUGAAGUUGUUGGAAACCCUGGUGGCGUAGUGGUUAAGUGCUAUGGCUGCUAACCAAAAGGUCAGCAGUUCAAAUCCGCCAGGCACACCUUGGAAACUCUAUGGGGGCAGUUCUACUCUGUUCUAUAGGGUCGCUAUGAGUCGGAAUCGACUCGAUGGCAGUGGGUUUGGUUUGUCUGGGUUAUUGAAGUUGUCAAGGAUUUCAUUUUACUUGGAUCCACAAUCAAUGCCCAUGGAAGCAGCAGUCAGGAAAUCAAAGGACACAUUGCAUUGGGCAAAUCUGCUGCAAAAGACCUCUUUCAAGUGUUAAAAAGCAAAGAUGUCUCUUUCAGGACUAAGGUAUGCCUUGACAUAAGCCAUGGUAUUUUUGAUCACCUCAUAUCCAUGUGAAAGCUGGGCAAUGAAUAAUGAAGAAUGAAGAAAAAUUGACGCCUUUGAAUAGUGGUGUUGGCAGAGAAUAUUGACUAUACCAUGGACUGCCAGAAGAACAAACAAAUUUGUCUUAGAAGAAGUACAGCCAGAGUGCUCUUUAGAAGUGAGGUGGCGAGACUUCGCCAUAUGUACUUUGGGGAUGUUAUUAGGAGGGACCAGUCCAAGGAGAAAGACAUCAUGCUUGGUGAAGUACAAGGUCAGUGGAAAAGAAGAAGACCCUCAAGGAGAUGGAUUGACACAGUGGCUGCAGCACUGAGCUCAAGCAUAAUGACAACCAUGAGGAUGGCAUAGGACCUGGCAGUGUUUCAUUCUGUUGUACCCACGGUCACCGUGAGUGGGAACCGACUUGAUGGCACCUAACAACACCAACUGGCAUUAUCCAGUGAAGUCUAAGAUUGUUAUGGAUGAUCAGAGGAGAAGGUCUGUUACUUUAGCAACAUUGUCUUUUUUGGGAGAAUCUAAGUUUCCUGCUGAGAUAUGAUAUUUCUGUUAAUUGAAGGCUGGAUCAAAUUUGCACUAAAAAAUCAUACAGGCGGUGUGAAAUUGCUAUCCUGAGACAUCUUUUCUCAAUCUUCCACUGCUCCUGAAGAAUAACAGUUUUCGUAUCCAUGUGUUACAUAGAGUGUCACAUAUAGGCCAACAAAUGUCUGUGAAAAACAAGAAAAAUUAAAUAUUACUUCUUAAUAUUUGUUAACCAUAAAGCAUAGCAUUAGAUUUUGGUUUUCAGUGGUGGGUUGUACUGAUGAGCCCAUACGUUGGCAUGUGAACGCAUUUUCCCACGAAAGCAGCUCUGUCAACAUAGCUCUGAUAGGAUUGCCGUGCCAUUGCGCUUUACUACAAUAAAGUUUGGAUAAUGGCAGGAAAGGAUAUCAGAGGGAGCCACUAGGGGCCAUGUGUCACCUGGCUUCAGGAGGGCUGUACUGGAGGAGUGAGGGGAGAACAGAGACCAUUUCCUAACCUGCCUCACCAGGGAAGUUCACCCUGGGGAUGAGUGGGGUGUCAGAUGGCAAAGCUUGGCCAUCCUAACUGGGGAGCCUGGGCUGGGAGGCUGUAGAAAUUUUUGAGCAAAGAAGUGACAAGAUCAGAUUUAUUUUUCAUUGUAAAAGUAAUUCAUGCUCUUUGUAAAGAACUUGACAUUUAUGAAGUAGAAAUUGGAAAAUUCCCCCAUCCCACUCCUCAAGGGUACCUGUUUUUAAAGGCUUUUGUAUAUCUUGCCAGAGUUUUUCCCUGUUCUUUCUUUGUAGUAUAUACUAUAUCAUAUAUUGUAUACAUUGUAUAUAAUUUGAUUUUACUGUGGAGGGAUUAAAUUAUAGUAAUGUUUUGUGCCUUGACUUUUUUAUUUCAAUGUAACAAAAUGUUGUGAACAUCUUCCAUAUUACAUUAGCCUCAUUCUUUUUAAUGGCUGCAUAAUAUCCUGGAAUUUAUAUUACCAAUCUGCUGUUGUUGUUGUUGUGUUCCAUCAAGUCGAUUUUGACUCAUAACGACUCUGUAUGACAGAGUAGAACUGCCCUGUAGGGUUUCCUAGGCUGUAAUCUAUACGGGAGCAGUUCGUCAGGUCUUUUCUUUUGUGGAGUGGCUGGUGGGUUCGAAUCCCCAACCUUUCAGUGCAGCCGAGCACUCAACUAUUGCACAACCAGGGCUCCUUCUAGUCCCCUAGUGUUCUAUGUUAAGGUUUGUUGUCAGUUGAGGGUUACAAAUAGUAUAGCAGCAGUAGGAAUGAGCAGCUUUAUACUGAUACAUUUGUGUGCUGUUAAGUGUUUUUCUAGAAUUCAUUCUUAGAAGUGGAAUUGCUGCAUCAAAAGAUUUUGGUAGAUGUUGUCAUAUUAUUCUCUAAAAAGGCAGUUUAUAUUCUAUCAUCAAGGUAUGAUAGUGCCGUCCCCACACCUUGGUAUUAUCAAUCUACUUAAUCUUUGCUAACUUGCUAGGUGGAAAUCAUCUUUAUGUGUGUGUGUGUAUAUAUUAAAAAAAAAUUAUAUGUUAUAUAUAAUAUAUAAUAUUGUAUAUAUAAUAUAUAAUAUCCCUUAUGUCUUAUACCCUUUGUAGUUUUUUUUUCUUCUUGUGAAUUGUUUAUUCUUUUCCUUUGUCCAGAUAUCUAUUAGGUUUGUUCAUCUUUUUCUUAAUGACAUGAAAGAACUUUUUACCGAUUACGUGUUGCAAGUAUCGUGCAGGUUCUAGUGUAUGUAAUAUUUUUUUUUUGCUAUAGAUAAUGUUUAUAUGUAGUAAAAUUUAUUAGUAAUCCCCUUUUUUGUCUUAAGGGUGAAAUUAUCAUGCCUAAAAGAAGACCUUCCCCAAUUCAAGAUUAUAAAAUGUUUUACUCAUGAUUUCUUCUACUACUUUCAUAAAGUGUUUUAUUUACCUGAAACUUUAGUAUGUGGAAUAGCAUAUAUGAAGUAAGAAAUACAGCUUCCCAGCCCCCAUUCCCACAGUGAGUGACAGUUAUUCCAAAACCAUUUGUUGAAUAGUUCAUAUUUUCCCUACUUAUUUGAAAAAAAAAAAACUUAUUUGAAGUACCCUUUUAAUCAUAAUUUCCCAUAUAUGGUACACUUCUUUUCCCCCUUCACUGCCUAAAGCCCCAACCAUGGAAUUGACAAGAUUGGUAGUAUAUUGGAAGGGGACUGAGGUGGAAGGAAGUGUUGAACCUAGGCAGUAUAGAGGUUUGGGCAGGUUAGGAGAAAAGGAGUGGUUUUUGCAUAGGUGGGUGGAGAUUGGAAGGACACCAUGGUAGAGAUGAUUAGCAGAUACCUUAAUUCACUCAUCUUGUCCCAGUCCUUCCUCUUCUGCUUCCCUCUGAACACUAGCUGUCACACUUUAGCCUACAUCACAAUCACCUGGAGGGCUUGUGAAAACAGAUUGCUGGCCCAGGGUUUCUGACUUAUUAGAUCUAGGGGUGGAGUCUUUAAGACUUGAAAUUUCUUCCAAGUUCGCAGUUGCUGAUGCUGCUGGUCUGAGGACCACACUUGGAGAAUCACUGUUCUGGACCAAGUCUUCACUCCCAUCUUGGAGUGUGUUCUAAAGGUCUCCAGUUUGGCUGCUUUUUCCAGUUUUCCUUUUUCCUUUGACUCCUCCUGACACAAGUUAGGGCACAAAUGAGAGUGGAGAGAAAGGAAUAAACCUGAAAGGCAUUUCAAAAAAAGGAUCCAUGGGCUUUGGAGACUGAGUAGAUGUGAGGGACAAAGGAGCAGGAAGCAAGAAGGGCAUUUUUUAAACACUGCUACCAGAUUUACCCUUUCUAAAACACUUCUUUCAUCUUAUGAUUUCCUAUUCAAGAAUCUGCAGUGAGAUAAAUCUAAAAUGAGAUUUAUUUGAAUAAAAUACAGCAGACAGUUGACACCCAACCAGUGUUUCUCCUGUUUUAUCAAAGUCAAAUCUCAUUAUGACAAAUGACUUUGCAAGUAGAUCUCUGCAUUACCAAAUACUUUCAAGCCCAAGCUAGUGACCUACUUUAGGCAAUAUCCAAUUCAGCAAGCUAAUUUGGAUAGCAUUUUAGGACUUGCAGAAUUUAAUCUGAAGUACCGUAGUACAUUUGUAUAAAGAGCUGUUCUAAAAGGUAAGCUUAAACUCUACCUAGAAAUUCUGUUUAUUGCACAUAUAUCCUUAUUCUUUUAUCUCAUCGUGCACUGUGCUUUCUGUAUUUACCUUUUCCUUGUGCUUGGGUUGGCAAAAAAAAAAAAAAAAAAAAGGCAUUAUGCCAAAUGUUCAUGUUUGCAAUUAUAAAUGCAAUUAUAAAUGUGGAGUGUGUGUUUGUACAGGUGGGAUGAAAUUAAGCAAAUGACAGUGAAAGCCUGUUUAUCAAGAUCCGUGUUUGUUGCUCCUGGAUUGAAAAAUAAGUAGAAAGAAGGUGAUUUGAGUUUUUAAGAUAUUUUGUAUGUGACAUACCUUUCUUUUUAAAAGCUGACUUCUCUUGUUAUGUUUUAUUCUUGUGUUAUUUGGUCCCACUUGUGUGGGUGAGAUUUUAAAGAUGCGAGGAUUAUAGCUAGCUGUAAAAGAGUGCCAGGUAUUUUUUUAAACAGCUUUAUUGAGGUAUAAUAUGCAUACCAUAAAAUUCAUCCAUCUUAGGUACGCAGUUAAAAAAUUUUACUAAUGGGAAAAAUACCAUAUGGCUUAUAUGAUUUGUAUGGCUUAUAUGAAGUGCCUAGGGUAGGCAAGCGUAUGGAAAAAAACCAAAACCAAACCCAGUGCCAUCGAGUUGAUUCCGACUUGUAGCAUAGGGAGACCAAGUUUCUUAGUGGUUACCAGGGGCAGGUGAGAGGGAGUGGGGAAGGGGAACUCACUGCCUAGGGGAUACUGAGCUUCUGUUAAAAGUGAUGGGAAAAUUUGGAAGCAAUAAUGGUAAUGGUUGAAGAACAUGAUAAACAUGACUAAUGUCACUGAAUUGUACACAUGAAGAAUGUUGAAGCGGCAGGUGAUUUGUUAUGUACCUAUUUACCAGAAUAAAAAAUACAAAACAAAAAACAGAAAAAUGUUAGUAAAUUUACACUAUUGUACAUCCAUCAUCACAACCCAAUUUUAGAACAUUUCCGUCAAAGAGCUCCCCCAUUCAUGCCCAUUUGCUGUCAAUCCCUGUACCCACUCCUGGCCUGGUGCAGCCACUUACCCACUUUCUGCCUCUAUGGAUUGGCCUCUUCUAGACAUCUCGCACAGAUGGAAUCGCACCGUUCGUGGCCUUUCACAUCCAGCUGCUUUUACUGAGCAUACACUUUUCGAAGUUCUUCCAUGUGGUAGUAUGUAGUUCGUUUCUUUUUCUUGCUGAGUAGUUGUCUUGCCAUUGAGUGGAUGUACCACAGCUUAUCCAUUCACCACGUCAUGGACACUUAGGUUGUUUCUACUUUCUGGCUAUUGUGAAUUUAUGCUGCUGUGAAUACAGGUGUACACGAACAUUUGUUUUGACAUUACAUAAGUCACUGAUAACCAUAUGGGAAAUGCUUAAAAGUGAAAAUUGGGAAAUUUCAUUGCAGAAUAUUUUCAAACUGAAAAUAAAAACCUUACCUUAGACCACACCACAUUGCAUUCUCACAUUAUAUUAAUUCCUUGUUACCCCUUGAAGUUCCUUCUAGACUUACAAUUCAGCAAUAGUUCUGUUUUAUUAAGGCAAUAAAAAACCUCAUCUAGUAGAGCUUCUCAUUUAAAAAAAAAAAGUUAUGAUCUUUGUAAUGUGAGCCUCACAACAGUCUAAAUAUGUGGACAGGACACAUGUUGUUACCUUCAUUUGUUGCUGCCCAAAGGGAGUCUACACCCAUAUUCUUAGGUAAUUCCUGUAGUAAUCCCAUCAAGACUGUGCUUCCACUUCGUAGUGUACACACACAAUAGGACAGUACCAAAGCACCACUCCUAUGUGUGAUAUAGAUCCAGGUUUGGCGUCUUUGUAGCUCAUUUAUUCCACAAAGAUUCAUCGAGCAUCUAGUACAUGCCGAAUGCUGUGCUAGAUGUUGGCAAUAGAGAUGUGAAAGAUUUAGUCUUUGCUCUCAGGGCUGCAUCCACCGCCCAUCUGUCAGUUUGUUGUGCUGUGGUGGUUCGCAUGGGUCUCUGACGCUGAAAGCCAUGCCACCGGUAUUUCAAAUACCAGCAGGGUCAUGCAUGGUAGACACAUUUCAGCAGAGCUUCCAGAUUAAGGCAGACUGGGAAGAAAGGCCUGGCGAUCUGCUUCAAAAAAUUAGCCAGUGAAAACGUUAUGGUUCACAGGAGAAAGUUGUCUAAUUUGAUUGCUGUGGACAUGUUAUUAGAAGGGGUCGGUUGCUGGAGGAGGACAUGAUGUUUGGUGAAACAGAGGACCAGAGAAGGUGAGGGAGACCCUCAGUGAGAUGGAUUGGCACAAUAACCACAACAGUGGACUCAAACACACUGGUGAACAUGAGGAUGACACAGGACCAGGCAACCUUUAGUUCUGCUGUACAGAACGUCACCAUGAAUUGGAAUCAACUUGAUGGCAACUAUCUAUCUCUAUAAAGACUCCAUACAAGAAAAUAAAUUGUAAUACUGGGCCACGGGAACCCAGAGGAAGAGCAUCUAAUGUGAGGAAGAUAGGGAAGAGGCUAUCAGACUGUACGUUAUCGGUAAUGAUAAUAGCUAACUCUGUACCAGGCACUGUUCCAAGCAGUUUUUACUCGUUUAAUCUUUACAACAACCCCACAAGGUAAUAUUUAUUAUCGUUUUAACAAAUGAAGAUGCUGUGAAACUGAGGUUGGUAACUUGACCAAGGUCACACAACUAGUAAAUCUGGAAUUUGAACCAGGCAGUCUGACUCCAUAGUCAGUAUCUCCUGAAAAGGUUUCUCAAAGGAAAUAACACCAGGCUGUGUCUUGAAUGACAAUUUGUAGUUAGUGUGGCAAGAGGGUGAUGGGGCUAUGUCUGUAUGGUCUUCUAGACAGAGCACUGUUAAAAGUAAAGGUGAAGAAAGCACGUGGUUGAGAGAGAGUGUGGCAGACUACUUGUGAAAAACAUGAGUGGCAAGAGAUGACAUGGGAAAGACAGGGCUGAGUAAUGAACGGACUUUGAAUGCCAUCUAAGAAACUUAUGUUCUGUGACUUGGUUUUUAAAAUUACACCAAAGAUACCACUUUUCCCUUUAUAUUAUUUUGUUUGUUUGUUUUGCUUUAAAUCUUUUUUUAUUUUGAAAUACAGGACACAAUCAGGAAACUGCAUAAAAUACAAAUGUAAAACUUAAUGAAUUAUCUUAAAACCUCUUCAAGGAGUAGGGCACAGAGAGCCUGCAACCCAGCAGCUCCCUCUUAGUGGCCUGUGCCGAUCACAAUUCCUCCCCUACCACCUACAGGUCACCACCCUCGAUUUAUUUACCUUCCUUUUUACUUUUACCACCUUUACACCUCUAAACACUAUACCCUGUAGUGUUGCAUGUUUUUGAACACACGGAGUCGCAUAUUAUACAGCGAAACCUACGAGGGCCAGAACUCGCCGUGUUUUUCUGAGUCUCGCCAAGUUUUUUGCAUUUGACAGGGUGCGGUCUUAUGUCUUUUCUAUCGCUUGUUUUAGUGGAAAAUAUUUGAGUUUUCCUUCUCUGACAGGUUUCUGCCUUACACAAGUUCCAGCUUUCACAGGUUUUACUGUAUAUUCCUUUGUACCUGGUCCAGUCUGUUUUAUUCAGCAUUACCUUUGCAAGAUUCAUUCAGUUGUCGUGUGGCUGUCGUUCUUUUAUUUUCAUUGCUGUAUGGUACCCCGUUUCAUGACUCUGCCACAAAGGCACUUACCCGUUCUACUAACUGGGAAUAUUUGAGUGGUUCCCAGCUUGGGGCUAUUAUGAAUAUUUUUGUGUAUGUCUCAGUGCACAUACGCAUGGAUUCUGCUGGGUAUGUACUGAGGGGUGCAGUCGCUGGGUGUGCCUAUCUUCAGUUUUAGAAGAAUAAUGUCAAACUGUAUUCCGAAGUGGGUGUAACGCUUUGCAUUGCCACUAAUGAUACAUGAGAGUCCCUGUUCUUCCGUAUCUUUGAUAUUAUCAGACUUUAUAGUUUUUAGGCAUUCUAGUAUACCGGAGAUCGAAUGAUGGAAUUUUGUAAGACCAAUGACUUCUUCAUUGCAAAUACCUUCUUUCACCAACAUAAAUGGUGACUAUACACAUGGACCUGGCCAGAUGGAACACACAGAAAUCAAAUUGACUACAUCUGUGAAAAGAGACGAUGGAAAAGCUCAAUAUCACCAGUCAGAACAAGGCCAGGUGCCGACUGUGGAACAGUCCAUCAAUUGCUCAUACGCAAGUUCAAGCUGAAACUGAAGAAAAUCAGAGCAAGUCCACGAGAGCCAAAAUAUGACCUUGAGUAUAACCCACCUGAAUUUAGAGACCAUCUCAAGAAUAGAUUUGAUGCAUGGAACACUAGUGACCAAAGACCAGACAAGUUGUAGAAUGACAUCAAAGACAUCAUACAUGAAGAAAGCAAGAGGUCACUGAAAGGACAGGAAAGAAAGAAAAGACCACGACGGAUGUCAGAGGAGACUCUGAAACUUGCUCACGAACAUUAAGCAGCUAAAGCAAAAGGAAGAAUUAGUGAAGUAAAAGAACAGAAGAUUUCAAAGGGUGUCUUGAGAAGACAAAGUAAAGUAUUAUAAUGACAUGUGCAAAGAGCUGGAGAUGGAAAACCAAAAGGGAAGAACACGCUCGGUGUUCAAGGUGAAAGAACUGAAGGAAAAAUUCAAGCCCAGAGUUGCAGUAGUGAAGGAUUCUAUGGGAAAAAUAUUAGACGACGCAGGAAGCAUCAAAAGAAGACGGAAGGAAUACACAGAGUCAUUAUACCAGAAAGAAUUAGUUGAUGUUCAACCAUUUCAAGAGGUGGCAUAUGAUCAGGAACUGAUGGUACUGAAGGAAGAAGUCCAAGCUGCUCUGAAGGCAUUGGCGAAAAACAAGGCUCCAGGAAUUGAUGGAAUAUCAGUUGAGGUGUUUCAACAAACAGAUGUAGUGCUGGAGGUGCUCAUUCAUCUAUGCCAAGAAAUAUGGAAGAUAGCUUCCUGGCCAACUGACUGGAAAAGAUCCAUAUUUAUGCCUAUUCCCAAGAAAGGUGAUCCAACCGAAUGUGGAAUUUAUAGAACAAUAUCAUUAAUAUCACAUGCAAGCAAAAUUCUGCUGAAGAUCAUUCAAAAACAGCUGCAUCAGUAUAUCGACAGGGAACUGCCAGAAAUUCAGGCCGGUUUCAGAAGAGGACGUGGAACCAGAGAUAUCAUUGCUGAUGUCAGAUGGAUCCUGGCUGAAAGCAGAGAACACCAGAAGGAUGUUGACCUGUGUUUUAUUGACUAUGCAAAGGCAUUUGACUGUGUGGAUCAUAACAAAUUAUGGAUAACAUUGUGAAGAAUGGGAAUUCCAGAACACUUAAUUGUGCUCGUGAGGAACCUUUGCAUAGAUCAAGAGGCAGUUGUUCUCACAGAAGAAGGGGAUACCGAUUGGUUUAAAGUCAGGAAACGUGUGCAUCAGGGUUGUAUUCUUUCACCAUACCUAUUCAAUCUGUAUGCUGAACAGAUAAACUGAGAAGCUGGACUGUAUGAAGAAGAUUGGAGGAAGACUCAUUAACAACCUGCAUUAUGCAGAUGGCAUAACCUUGCUUGCUGAAAGUGAUGAGGACUUGAAGCACUUCUUAAUGAAGAUCAAAGACCACAGCCUUCAGUAUGGAUUGCACCUCAACAUAGAGAAAAUAAAAAUCCUCACAACUGGACCAAUGAGCAACAUCAUGAUAAAUGGAGAAUAGAUUGAAGUUGUCAAGGAUUUCAUUUUACUUGGAUCCACAAUCAAUACCCAUGGAAGCAGCAGUCAAGAAAUCAAAAGACACAUUGCAUUGGCUAAAUCUGCUGCAAAGGACCUCUUCAAAGUGUUGAAAAGCAAAGAUGUCACCUUGAAGACUUAAGGUGCUCCUGACCCAAGGCUUGGUAUCUCCAAUGGCAUCAUAUGCAUGUGAAAGCUGGACAGUGAAUAAGGAAGACUGAAGAAGAAUUGGCGCCUUUGAAUUGUGGUGAUGGCGAAGAAUAUUGAAUAUACCAUGGACUGCCAAAAGAACCAACAAAUCUGUCUUAGAAGAAGUACAGCCAGAAUGCUCCUUAGAAGCAAGGACGGCGAGACUGCGUCUUACAUACUUUGGACAUGUUGUCAGGAGGGAUCAGUUCCUGGAGAAAGAUAUCAUGCUUGGCAGAGUACAGGGUCAGCGGAAAAGAGGAAGACCCUCAACAAGGUGGAUUGACACAGUGGCUGGAAGAAUGAGCUCAAGCAUAACAAUGAUUGUAAGGAUGGCUCGGGAUAGGGCAAUGUCUCGUUCUGGUGUGCAUAGGGUCACUAUGAGCUGGAAACGACUUGACACCUAACAACAACAGUAUGUAACGGUGUAUCAAUGUGAUUUUCUUUUUGUAUUUCACUUGUGUAGCAUUGAUAGAGUAGGCAUCUUUUCAUAUGUUUUUUGGCCACUGUAUGUAUGUAUGUAUUUUUGGUUUGUGCCUCAUCUAGUUUCUUGCCCACUUUCCUAUUGGAUUGUCUGCCCCCCCCCUUUUUUUUUUAACUUAUUAGAACUCCUUAUUAUUUUCAAUACGAGCCGUUUAUACAUCACUUGCUUUUUCAGUUUCAUGAUGGUGUCUUGACGAACAAAAAUUCUGAAUUUUCUUAAUGGUCAUAUUUGUGUGUGUGUGUGCGCGCGCGCGCGUGAGCGUGUGCUCACGUGCUUUUUAUAUCUGCUUCUAGGUUUAUUGCUCAGAUCUGGGAAUGCAGCUUACCUGGAAUUGAUUGUUGUGUAUGAUAAUUCUUGAUUAACUUGUUAGCACUCCUCUGCCUUUAAAAUGUUUUUUAUUUUUUGUCCAGUUUUUAUGACUGUCCUCAGCAGGACCCAUAAACCUGUUACACGGGUUCGCUGGUGGGUUCAGAUUGCCAGCCUUUUUGGAUUAGCAGCCGAGUGCUGUAACUACUCUGCCACCAGGGCUCCUUCCUCAGCAGGACAGUUGGUCUGAAUUACCUAGCUUACUAGUCCCGGAAAGAAACCCUGGUGGUGCAGUGGUUAGAGGUUUCAGCUGCUAACCAAAAGGUCAGCUGUUCGACCCCUCCAGCGGCUCCAAGAGAGAAAGAUGUGGCAGUCUGCUUCCACAGAUAUUCAUAGCCUUGGAAACCUCAUAGGGCAGUUCUACUGUGUCCUCUAGGGUCCCUGUGAGUCGGAGUUGACUUGACGGCAGUGGGUUCGGUUUUUUUAUUUCAUUCCCAGAAGCAGACACCUCUUUAAGGUUCUAGUUUCACUUUAACUUAAAAAUGAUCUGAUAGCUCCUACUAAAGUGCCUCAACAAAUGUGUUUCCUAAAAAAAAAAAAAAGACUGAAAAACUAUAUAGAUUCAUAACAGUUUCUAUUUUUUAUACAUUAUUUUACUUUUAAGAGACCCAAAUGAGGCUUCCGUUUUAUCUGUGCUUCUCUCAGCUAUAAAGUACUGCUAGACAGCUUAAGGCUUGCCUCAUGAAGUGAGCACGGUCAUAGUUAUUGCAAGAUAAUGUCGGCACAUUAGUCACAGCAAAAAUCUAAAUGAAGAAAUGUCUGUAUCAGACAUUAAGACUUCGAUCAUAAAGUAGUUUAGCCAUGGUAAUGGCCACCCCCCUUUCUUGUUUAUCCAUAAAUUUAAACCUCUUUUUUGGCCAGAGAUGGACUGUAUGCAAACCACAUCCAGAAUGCGUAUAGUUGGUGCCACAAAAUAGGAAGAAAAUGUUUUCAGUUUAUGGCAGUGAGAUCCGUGACAUAUGAUGCUCCAGGAGCUGUUUUUAUAGUGGGCAAGAUGCGCAGGAACGGAAUAGCAAACUCACAGGAUUAUUGGCAGGGAAAAACUGGCUACGUGGCUGAUGUGAAAUUCGCAUUUUUCAGACAGCCAGCCUGAGGAAUUGGAAAGUGUAGCAGUGAGAUGAUUUUGCAGCUAGUAAACACAGCCUCGGGAAGCCAUGGCAAGGCAGUUUUCUUGUGAGCCAUUUUCAGCUUCUAACAGGGCAGGGUGUGGACGCCAGAGAGGAAGACCUGACACAGCCUCCAGGGAGCAUUGCCCAGGGGGAAGGUCCUCUCCCGGCUGCACUCGCAGGUAGUGAGGCAAAGACCCCUUGCCCCCGUUGGCACCCAGAACCCUGCCUUGCCCUGGCCAUGUCUGUCUCUGAGGUUCACAGUGGAGAUUAGCUUGAUUGUAGUGUUUGUAUCCUUGAAAGUUAGGGCCCGCCACUCGCUAAUUGCUUUACUUCCCAGCUCUUGCUUCUACUAUUUCCUUUAUCACUUUAAAAUAGUGGUUCCCAGAGUGUGGUAUGGGGACUGCCUCCUCUAAGACCCUUUCAGGAGGGCUGCACGGUCACAGUCAUUUUAGUAAGAAUACUACGAUGUUGUAUCUGCCUUCUUUACUCAUUCUCUUAAGAGCGUGUGGUGGAGUUAGUUCUCCAGGGGCUACAUGGCUUGUGAUAUUACAAAAAGUUGAAUGCAGAAGCAGUUGUUAGGAUACAAGUGUCCUGUCUUAAGCCAGACAUUAAAGAUAUUUGCAAAACUGUGAAACAGUGCCACUUCUCUCAAAAUUUUUGUCCUUUAAAGUAUCAGUAUUUUUAGUGAAAAAAAUAUCAACAUGGAAUGGUUUACUAUCAGCAUUUUUUCAGUGAAUUAAUACAUUUUAAAAAUUUUUAUAGUUUUCAUUUCUAAUGUGGUAAUUAUUGAAAUAACCGAAAUAAAUAAAACUUCUUUGGGGUCCUCAAUAAUUUUGAAGACUGUAAAGGGAUCCUGAGGCCAAAAAGUUGGAAAAUCACAGCUUGAAAUCCUGUAGGUUCUAGUUGGAAUCCCAGCUUCUCACUGAAGUCUGGUCAGAUUGUUUACCCCCGUUACCUAUCCAUUUUCUGAACUUCUGUGCCUACAGUGUAGUGCUGAGUUUUUCUGGAAUUGCUUUGUGUGCCAGUUUUCUCCAUAUCUGUAGUGGAAAGCCCCCGAGGACUGGGAUAAAAAACGUUGCCCUGAAGUCAAUUCCAACUCCUAGUGACCCUAUAGGACAGAGUAGAACUGCCCCAUAGUGUUUCCAAGGCUGUAAAUCUUUACGGAAGCAGACUGCCACAUCUUUCUUCCAUGGAGUGGCUGGUGGGUUCGAACUGCCGACCUUUUAGUUAGCAGCUAAGUGCUUAACCACUGUGCCAACAGGACAGGGAACAUGUCUUUCAUGAGAGAGUUUUUUUUUUUUUUUAAAGACUUUCAAGGUGUUUAGUGCUGGGCACAAAAUAAGCAGUUAUUAAUGAUUAUUCAUAUUAUUGCUGCCUUCAGUAUCAAUGUUAAAAUUUCCCCUACUCACCGAUUUAUCAGAGAAGCAAUGUAGGUUUAAAAAUUAGCAAACAACUUUAAUGUAGUUAACCAUUUAAUUUUUUUAAAACUACAUGAAAUUAAUACACAGUCUGGAACAAAGCAGACUUUUCUAUCAGUCAUACAUCAUCAGGAAAUUGGGUACAAAAGCUAAGCUUGGUAAUCUGUUUAAUUCUUAUGUCACCAACGGUUGUGAUAAAACCUGGCAACGGGCCCUUGCUCUGAAAGCAGUGAGCAUGUGCUGAGCGCUGAGUAAGCGUUCAGUAAAGCUGGUAGGGUUGAAUCUGCUCUCACUGGCUGCCCCUGCUGUCCCUGUAGCCUGCAGUCCUGCUCAGGUCUUCAGGGAAAAAAACCAAACCAGUUGCUGUUGAGUCGAUUUCCAUUCAUGGCAACGCCAUUUGUUUCAGAGAAAAACUGCACUCCAUAAGGUUUUCAAUAGCUGUAACCUUUGGCAGCCGAUCUCCGGGCCGUUCUUCUGAGGAGCCUCUGGGGUGAUUUGAAUCACCCGCUUUUCGGUUAGUAGCCGAGCACUUAAGCUUCUGCACUACCCAGGGACUCCUUAGGUCUACAGAAGGUAGCCUUAAUUUUUUAAGUCCUGUCUGUUGAAGAAUUGUCAAGUUGUCCUGAGACUAGCCUGGAGGACAUGUUAGUCAAUUAAAAUGGAUUAGUGGGGAUAGAAAUACCUUUUUCCCCAUUCUUGCUUCAGACUGAGUUUAUUUUUCUUAGGCAACCGUCCCAGGCUUCCAAGAUAUAAGAAUAAACUUAACAUCUUUAUGUCAGAGUCCUGCUGUCACUCCCUAAAUUCUCUUCACUGCUUCUUCCAGGAAGCCUAGGGGCCUGUAUGCAAGUAACACACCUACCCUAAGAGCCUAGCAGUACUUCACCGAAGCGUUUCCAGGACAGAGCAUGAUACCUGGCACGUGGCUACUUUAAUGAAUGAAAGAAUGAAUGAAUAAAUGGAAUCUGUACUUAUCCUUAUUGGGGUUUUGGUUUUUUGCACUGAAUGUAGCCUGGACUCAUCUUCACAGGCUUGUGUUUCCCCAGGAUACUGUCAAAGGCAGUAUUUGUGUGUUUCUGCGGAGUUUUGCACAGAGUCUGUUCCCAUGCAAACCAAUGAGGGAGAAAUAUCGGAAGAAAGCAGCUCCAAGGUGGAACAGGAAGAUUUUGUAAUGGAAGGGCAUGGCAAGACUCCACCUCCUGGCGAAGAAACCAAACAAGAGAAGGAGCAAGAAAGGGAAGAACAGUUAAUGGAAGACAAGAAAAGGAAGAAAGAGGAUAAAAAGAAAAAAGAAGCCACUCAGAAGGUCACGGAACAAAAAACCAAAGUGCCCGAAGUGACGAAACCAAGUUUAAGCCAACCAACGGCCGCCAGCCCGAUUGGCAGCUCUCCAUCGCCACCAGUCAAUGGUGGCAACAAUGCCAAAAGGGUGGCAGUGCCGAACGGACAACCGCCAAGCGCCGCCCGCUACAUGCCUCGGGAGGUGCCGCCGCGAUUCCGUUGCCAGCAGGACCACAAAGUGUUACUAAAACGUGGGCAGCCCCCUCCACCGUCCUGCAUGCUCCUUGGGGGCGGGGCAGGGCCUCCUCCCUCCACAGCACCUGGAGCAAACCCCAACAACGCACAAGUGACAGGAACGCUGCUGCAGAGCGAGAGUGGGACUGCACCAGAUUCAACCCUUGGAGGUGCUGCUGCUUCAAAUUAUGCAAAUUCCACUUGGGGCCCGGGAGCCUCCUCCAACAACGGCGCCUCCCCCAACCCCAUUCACAUCUGGGACAAGGUGAUUGUAGACGGGUCUGACAUGGAAGAGUGGCCUUGUAUUGCCAGCAAAGACACUGAGUCUUCUUCCGAAAACACCACCGAUAACAACAGUGCCUCGAACCCUGGCUCUGAGAAGAGCACUCUGCCAGGAAGCACCACUAGUAACAAAGGAAAAGGGAGCCAGUGCCAGCCUGCAAGUUCCGGGAACGAAUGUAACCUUGGGGUCUGGAAGUCUGACCCUAAGGCUAAAUCUGCUCAGUCUUCCAGCUCUACUGCAGAGAGCAACAGUGGACUGGGGAAUUGGAGGAACGUGAGUGGUCAGGAUAGAACUGGACCUGGCUCUGGCUUCGGCAACUUUAACCCAAAUAGCAACCCAUCUGCCUGGCCGGCGCUGGUCCAAGAAGGAAAUUCUAGGAAAGGGGCAUUGGAAACGGAUAAUAGUAAUUCCAGUGCACAGGUUAGCACAGUAGGUCAGGCAUCCAGGGAACAGCAGUCAAAGAUGGAAAAUGCGGGUGUUAAUUUUGUUGUCUCUGGCAGAGAACAGGCUCAAAUUCAUAACACUGAUGGACCAAAAAAUGGAAACACUAACUCCUUGAACUUAAGUUCACCAAACCCCAUGGAGAAUAAGGGAAUGCCCUUUGGAAUGGGCUUGGGGAACGCCUCCAGGAGCACUGAUGCCCCUUCACAAAGCACUGGAGAUCGAAAGACUGGGAGUGUUGGAUCUUGGGGUGCAGCUAGGGGGCCUUCUGGAACUGACACAGUCUCUGGACAAAGCAAUUCUGGAAACAAUGGGAACAAUGGAAAGGAUCGAGAGGACUCCUGGAAAGGAGCUUCUGUUCAGAAAUCAACUGGGUCAAAAAAUGACUCUUGGGACAACAAUAACAGGUCUACGGGUGGGUCCUGGAACUUUGGCCCUCAGGACUCUAAUGACAACAAAUGGGGUGAAGGGAACAAAAUGACAUCUGGGGUCUCUCAGGGAGAAUGGAAACAGCCGACUGGGUCUGAUGAGUUGAAAAUUGGAGAAUGGAGUGGUCCAAACCAACCAAAUUCUAGCACUGGAGCAUGGGACAAUCAAAAGGGCCACCCCCUCCCUGAAAACCAAGGCAAUGCCCAGGCUCCCUGUUGGGGAAGAUCCUCCAGCUCCGCAGGAAGUGAAGUUGGAGGUCAAAGCACUGGAAGCAACCACAAAGCAGGAAGUAGUGACAGUCAUAAUUCUGGCCGCCGGUCGUACAGGCCCACACACCCUGAUUGUCAGGCUGUCUUGCAGACUCUUUUGAGCCGAACUGAUUUGGACCCCAGGGUGCUGUCAAACACUGGCUGGGGCCAAACUCAAAUUAAGCAAGACACAGUGUGGGACAUUGAAGAGGUGCCAAGGCCUGAGGGGAAAUCUGACAAAGGAACUGAGGGGUGGGAGAGCGCUGCCACACAGACCAAGAACUCAGGGGGCUGGGGAGAUGCACCCAGCCAAAGCAAUCAAAUGAAGUCUGGAUGGGGGGAGCUCUCAGCCUCUACAGAGUGGAAAGACCCCAAGAACACAGGGGGCUGGAGUGACUAUAAGAACAACAACUCUUCAAGCUGGGGAGGAGGACGACCAGAUGAGAAGACAUCUUCCUCUUGGAAUGAGAAUUCCAGCAAGGAUCAGGGGUGGGGAGGUGGACGCCAGCCCAGUCAAGGAUGGAAUUCUGGGAAGAAUGGUUGGGGAGAGGAAGUCGAUCAAGCGAAAAACAGCAAUUGGGAAAGUUCUGCAAGUAAACCUGUGUCCGGGUGGGGCGAAGGGGGGCAGAAUGAAAUUGGGACUUGGGGCAACGGUGGCAAUGCAAGCAUAGCUUCAAAAGGUGGAUGGGAAGAUUGCAAAAGAUCUCCAGCGUGGAAUGAGACAGGCCGACAGGCCAGCUCCUGGAAUAAACCGCACCAACAGCAGCAGCAGCCACAGCAGCCACCGCCACCCCAACCAGAGGCUUCUGGUUCCUGGGGAGGCCCCCCCCCACCCCCUCCAGGCAAUGGACGACCUUCCAACUCCAGCUGGAGCAGCGGGCCACAGCCAGCAGCCCCCAAGGACGAAGAACCCAGUGGUUGGGAAGAGCCAUCGCCACAGUCAAUUAGUAGGAAAAUGGACAUCGACGAUGGCACUUCAGCAUGGGGAGACCCUAACAGUUACAACUACAAGAAUGUGAAUCUGUGGGAUAAGAACUCCCAAGGGGGCCCAGCACCUCGAGAACCAAACCUGCCUACCCCGAUGACCGGAAAGUCAGCAUCAGUCUGGGGCAAAAGCACACCACCUGCUCCAGAUAAUGGUACUUCAGCUUGGGGUGAGCCAAAUGAAAGCAGUCCUGGGUGGGGCGAAAUGGAUGAUACAGGAGCACCGACCACAGGCUGGGGGAGCGCACCCUCCAAUGCUCCAAAUGCCAUGAAACCUAAUUCCAAAUCUAUGCAAGACGGCUGGGGGGAGAGUGACGGGCCAGUGACAGGAACUCGCCAUCCCAGCUGGGAAGAGGAGGACGAAGGAGGAGUCUGGAACACCGCCGGCUCUCAGGGAAGUGCUUCCUCCCACAACUCAGCAAGCUGGGGACAAGGAGGAAAGAAACAAAUGAAGUGCUCACUAAAAGGAGGAAACAGUGAUUCAUGGAUGAAUCCACUUGCCAAACAGUUUUCAAAUAUGGGAUUGCUGAGUCAAACUGAAGAUAAUCCAAGCAGUAAAAUGGACCUGUCUGUAGAUAAAAAAUUUGAUGUGGACAAGCGAGCAGUGAAUCUCGGGGAUUUUAAUGAUAUCAUGAGGAAGGAUCGAUCUGGGUUCCGCCCACCUAAUUCCAAAGACAUGGGAACCACAGAUAGUGGGCCUUAUUUUGAGAAGCUGACUUUGCCUUUCUCCAAUCAAGAUGGGUGCCUUGGGGAUGAGGCUCCCUGCUCUCCCUUCUCCCCUUCUCCCAGCUACAAGCUGUCUCCCUCUGGUUCCACACUACCCAACGUCAGCCUUGGAGCAAUCGGCACAGGGCUCAACCCCCAAAACUUCGCUGCUAGACAAGGUGGCAAUCAUGGUUUGUUUGGAAAUAGCACAGCACAAUCGAGAGGAAUGCACACACCUGUGCAGCCACUAAACUCUUCUCCUAAUCUCCGGGCGCAAGUGCCUCCCCAGUUUAUCUCCCCCCAGGUUUCUGCCUCAAUGCUCAAGCAGUUUCCCAACAGUGGCCUGAGUCCAGGCCUCUUCAAUGUGGGGCCCCAGUUAUCUCCUCAACAAAUUGCCAUGCUGAGCCAGCUUCCACAGAUUCCCCAGUUUCAGUUGGCAUGUCAGCUUCUCUUGCAGCAGCAGCAGCAACAGCAGCAGUUGUUGCAGAACCAGAGAAAGAUUUCUCAAGCUGUGCGCCAGCAGCAGGAGCAGCAGCUUGCUCGGAUGGUGAGUGCUCUUCAGCAGCAGCAGCAGAGGCAGCCUAGCAUGAAGCAUUCGCCAUCUCAUCCUGUUGGGCCCAAGUCCCAUCUGGACAACAUGGUACCCAACACUCUGAAUGUGGGCCUCCCAGACCUUCAAACCAAAGGGCCAAUACCUGGAUAUGGUUCUGGCUUCAGCUCUGGCGGCAUGGACUAUGGCAUGGUUGGUGGGAAGGAGGCUGGAACCGAGUCUCGCUUCAAACAGUGGACCUCCAUGAUGGAGGGACUGCCCUCUGUAGCCACACAGGAAGCCAAUAUGCACAAAAAUGGCGCUAUAGUGGCCCCUGGUAAGACCCGAGGAGGGUCACCAUACAACCAGUUUGAUAUCAUCCCGGGUGACACACUGGGUGGCCAUACGGGUCCUGCUGGUGAUAGCUGGUUACCUGCCAAAUCUCCACCAACAAAUAAAAUUGGAAGUAAAUCCAGCAAUGCCAGUUGGCCUCCAGAAUUCCAACCAGGAGUGCCAUGGAAAGGUAUCCAAAACAUUGACCCUGAAUCUGACCCCUAUGUCACCCCAGGAAGUGUGCUGGGGGGUACAGCCACAUCUCCCAUUGUAGAUACUGACCACCAACUUCUGCGGGAUAACACCACAGGGUCUAAUUCUUCCCUCAACACCUCGCUGCCUUCACCUGGUGCCUGGCCCUACAGUGCCUCUGACAACUCCUUUACCAACGUUCAUAGUACUUCAGCAAAGUUCUCUGAUUACAAAUCAACAUGGUCCCCAGAUCCCAUAGGACACAACCCCACUCAUCUCUCCAACAAGAUGUGGAAAAACCAUAUUUCCUCAAGGAACACUACAUUGCUGCCCCGCCCACCUCCCGGUCUGACCAACCCCAAACCAUCAUCUCCCUGGAGCAGCACAGCACCCCGAUCGGUCAGGGGGUGGGGGACACAGGACUCACGGCUUGCCUCAGCUUCCACCUGGAGUGACGGUGGCUCGGUUCGUCCUAGUUACUGGCUGGUUCUUCACAAUCUCACUCCACAGAUUGAUGGGUCAACCUUGAGGACGAUCUGCAUGCAGCAUGGCCCACUGCUGACAUUCCAUCUGAAUCUAACCCAGGGCACCGCCCUGAUCCGAUACAGCACCAAACAGGAGGCGGCCAAGGCCCAGACUGCACUGCACAUGUGUGUGUUGGGAAACACUACCAUCCUGGCUGAGUUUGCCACUGAUGAUGAAGUCAGCCGCUUUCUGGCACAAGCUCAGCCCCCUGCACCUGCAGCAGCCCCGAGUGCGCCGGCCGCGGGUUGGCAGUCGCUGGAGACCGGCCAGAACCAGUCGGAUCCUGUGGGACCUGCGCUGAAUCUCUUCGUUUCCAUCGUCACCACGCCCUUCCACCUCUUCCCACGCACACAGUGUCUUCUUCCAGCCCCGCUGGUUGCUCUCUGGGCGGCGGAGCAGAGCCCUGUCGUGUGUGGUGGCCUCCAGGGGAAGAGCAGCUGUGUUCCGACGUCUAACAGAAGGUGAAAUCUUAGUGUCCCUGGGCUAGGAGGCAUAUCCUGAGGCUCCCAUGAGCCAGUGGAGACCCCGUCCACUGCUGCUCUUGGUUCACUGCUAUGUCCUGCCCGCCCUCCUCUCCUCCUGCCUGUUGGUUCCUUGACCUGCACUCUGGGUUAGUUGAGUUCCUUACGAUACUACGGUGAAAGCCGGGUGCUAGAGCCCCUCUUGUUUACAAGACAUACUGAGGGAUUUGAAAUAUGUAAAAAUAAACAUGAGAAGCUAAAACGUUCUUCCAUCAUAAGCUUAAAGGGAAAAAAAAUUUUAAACUUUAAAAAAAAAAAAAAAGACCAAAAAGUGCGUAUAAAUAUAUAUACACAUAUAAAUAUAUAUUUUAGAUGAAGACUAACUCUGGGAGCAUUUAACAGUGUUUUUUGUUUUUUUUUUUGUUUUUAACAUUUCUUUUCCUGCUUUAAAAUUUGCAAGCAUUCUCAGGAAUUCUAGGGUAGGAAGCCAGUUUUUUGAAGAUGGUUUAUUUAACCAUAUCUUAUCCUAGAUAGACGGCUAUUUCUUUCCUGUUAAUAAACUUUUACAAGUUCCUGAAACUUCAAAAAGUUUAAAAAAAAUUUUUUUACUUAAAAAAAAAAGUAAGAAAAGCCUCCAAAUGUUAUUGUCAUACUGGGGAUCACACAUUUUAAAACAUGUAGAAAGAAAUAUUUUUUACAAAUUAUCAAUUUAGCAGCAACUGGUAAAUUUGUGAUCUUAAAAAAAUGAGAGAAGGAUUAAGCUUUUUAAGAGCUCUAUCAUGGGUUCAUUUGAAAUUGUGUAUAAUUUAACUGGAGAGCGUUUGGCUUCUGUAAAUGGGAAUACGAUCACUUCACUCCUUUCCAUUUAAGACUGUAUUGAAAUCUCCCCUAGUAUUUUUUGCCCUUUUUUUUUUUUUUUUUAAUUCUUUUCAAAGAAACCCUUCUUCCUGCCCCCCACCCCCAACAAAAGAAAGGAAGGAAGAAAGAAACCACAGCUUACAAAGAGAGAGAGAGUGCGGUUUGGAUUGCUGAGAAUCUAUGUAAAGAGUUAGGAAAUAUAGGUUAAUAAUGUUUGGAACAAAUUUUAAAUAUAGGCAUUACUAGAGGAGAGAUACCUAUGGACUGUUGUCUUGAUGAAGAAUGUCUGUCUGACCUCCACUUGUUAGGGAGGAGGAGAAAAUACAGAAGAAUCUAAGAAGGAACAAGUGAUUUGACUUUUUUUUUUUAGCUCCCAGCUACUGUUGUGCUCAUUUUAAUUGCUGUUUUGAAGAUCUGCUGCUUAAUUACCCCCAUCCCUCAGCUGGACAGGUGGAGUAUUUCCUUUCAGUUUUUGGUGAUGUUGAAUUCUCCUUUCGUAUUCCCUCCUGGGGCUGGGGGUCAGAAUUCCCAAGCCUGACCACAGCGUCUUGCAGACAUCUAAGCUUAACCAGUGGGAAGGAAACUCCAGCUUGCCAGGUGAAGGGAGCCUGUGGGGUUGCUGCCUGCAAUUUCUCUCAAACCGCGUUAGUGCCUUCAUACAUACACCCAGACAUCCUGUGCAGGGGCGGCGUGUGUAUGUGCUUGUGGUCGAGCCGCUCCACAGACAGGAAGACAUUUGCCCGUUAAGGAGAUGGGAGUGGUUCUGGACAGGCCUCAAAGGCAGUGGGCUAGAUUUAAAAUAAGUCAAUAAAUCAGCACAAAUCAAGGAGGCUAAAUGUGCUUUUGUGUCUUCAAAAUAUGGCAUGCUAAGUUCCUGCCUUGUGCGUUGACUUCUUCAGGUGUCGUGACAGCUGCGGCGAUUCGGGAAGCCUCUCGGUGUUGGGCGGAUAGAAAGAGGCUCCUGUUUUUUUGCCCAUGUCCUCCUCUGUCGCCUUCCUCCCUCCGUUUUUUUGUCAGCUUGCUGGAAGCUUUGCUUUAUUGGCUGGCAGUGACCUAAGAACAGGCUAUAGUGGGGACGUGAUGGAAGAGGAGGAGCUCUUCCCUUUUUGUGGUAUUCUUUGGCAAGAGCCUUGUCUGCCGGGAGGUUAGGUGACUUCCAGUUCAGUGGGAGCGUUUUCUUCACCACAUUCUGGCACAUGUAUAGGGGCUUGCUGGUCACCUCUCAUUCUGUAGACUUAUUUUAUGGACAUUUUGAUCAUGUAACGUUGAGCUUCCCAUGUUCUUACUAGCUUCCAUCAUUUUUUUAAGCAUGUGGCCCCUAGUGACUAGAGGUGCACAGCUCUUAAAUGUCACGGGCUUGGCAUCGGUCUCUCACACAAGUCGCCAAAAGAAAGGAAGCACCAGUAGGGCGGGGGACAUCCUCCACCAGGACGGAAGCCUCGACUGUCGGUUGAGAUCCAGUGCCAUGACCAGAUUCUAGGUGUUAAAAAAAAGCAAAGUUCAGAUCUCCGAGACACUGUGAAGAAAUGGAUGGCCCAUGUAGCAUCUCUGAUCUUAGUCCCCAAGGCUCAAGAUUUUUCAGGUAGACAUUUACAGGAGUUACCAUACCAACGCUGCAAGGCUCCAAAGCAGUCUUUCCUCAAUGUCCCCCAGUAAAUCAGCGAUUUCCGUUUACAGCCAUUCAGUUAGUUUGAUGUAAAGCAGCUUGAUUUUUCUAUGACAAUGGCUCCUGUUCUAAGAAUUUUCCCACCUCUUCUGACAUGAAUGUAGCAUAAGUUAGCAGUUGUUUCUUCCAAGUUCCUGUGGGUCGGAUGUGGUGUAUAAGGUAUGCAGGAAAAAAAAGGGGGGGGGGGGAAGUUCCUGCCUAAGAAUUUGGGAGAGCCUUUAUUAAUAUAACUAGCAGAAACUGGGCUUUCAUGGGCUGUUGACUUGUUGCAAAUACUUUCACCACAUUUUCAGGAAGUGGGACGGUUUUUCAGGAGGGUUACUAGCCAGAUUCCAUAUUGGCCACAUGCUUUCUUUUUUUUUUAAUUCUCCUUUGAUUUUUGGUAUUUCGUCAUCCUGACACCUCUCUUCAACAGAGUGAAGAUGUCUGCGUGCUGAGCAGAAAGCUUACUCCAAGCCUGUUUCUCUGCAGGGUAAACUGGAUGUUUUCAGCAGACUUGGCUAUGGUCCCCAUCUCUAAGAUUAGGGAACAGUUGAGCAUCUAUGUAGAAAAGGUCCCAUUUUUCUUCAUCCUCAGAGCUAAAAUUCAGUAUAUAAAGCAUUGUAGGCUUAUUGUUUUGGAAUUGAGUUUUGUCUUUUGUUUUAGGUAUCUCUAAGGUCCUUAACUAGGGAUAGAGAUACAUUUCUAGAGGAUUUAGAAAGACAACCAAACUUCUCCAGUGUUUUUGCCAAGUUUGGUCGCACUUCCUGUCUAUGCAUUAACUGUACACUUCUUAGUGUUACUGCAAAAAGAAAUCUUGUUCUUUGUGUUCUCCCUCCUCACGUGGACAACCAUGGCCACCUGUGGUCAUGCAGAUAAAAUACCCUAGUCUGUGUGUAGAAAAUGAAUUGUCAGUCUUGCGACCUUCGUAGUCAUUCAGAAAAUAGGGUGUGCCCCCGCCCCUCGCUGCAUGCUGCACCCUACUCCCUCCUGCUUUAUCUGCAAGCACAGGUGUGUUGCCCCCUGCUGUCUAGAAACAGGCACGUGCCAGGGACAGCCUCACUUGAUUUCAAAAAAAAAAAAAGAUAUUUCCAGUGUCUACGCACACCCUGUAAUGUGGUCUAUAGGUUUAUGGCUGGUGCCAAAGGCGUGUGCAUUUUCAGAGAUGGUCCCCAUUUGUCAGUGAUAGCGUUUCUUUCUUGACCUUGAACUUGACAGAGGGGGUGGUGGUAUCACAUUCUUCAGAUUUGGAACAAUUGCCAACUCCAGGAACCUAUGAUUGUGGUAGCUUAAUAAAAACAUCACUGAUUGGCCCCACUGUGCCCGUAACUCCCCCUCCUCAGGCCACCAAAGCCAAGAGGCUGUGAGCAUCUGCGGGCUGUGCAGGCAGCACUGGAAAGGGGAUGGAGAACUCUCCAGAUGCGGGUGGGCAGUUACACGGACAAGGUAUGGAGUGCCUACAGAAUAUUCCUAACGUUGGAGUUGUUUUUAGGCUAGCGGCCUCUUGUAGUAAUCACUACUACCACCCAAAGAAGUAGAGAAAGUGACAGAAAGUGCCAGUGUUUGCCUCGCAGAAUCUCCACAGGUCCCUUUUCAGUUAACUACACACCCGCAUUUGUUUUUCAUGAGAAACUAUGCAUGGCAGGAGCAGCGGUACAAGCCUGACCCCCAUGGGUCUCUGCAAGGGUCAGCUGUUGGAUCAUUAUUGUGACAAAUACUUGUCCAUGGGAGGGAAAGGCCACAUACCUUCGACAGCAGAGAAUUGUUCUCAGUUUUACAUAAAAGGAAAAUAGUGUUUUCCUAAAGCACUUUGUGCCUCAGAUUAUUUCCAUACUAUGGAUCACUGCCUUGGAAGUAAAUUCCCAGUAGUAAUUGACCCAUUUUUAGCCAGUGUUAGUAAGUAGAAUUGUUUUUCCCAUAAGUGAAAUUCCUCUUUACUGCUCAUGGUGGGCAGAUAGCCUGCAAUAUUGUUGUAGCAGAGGCGUGAAGCGAAGUGCUCGUCCCUCCCUUCUCCCCGCCUGGUUUCCUGGACCUCUCCUGAAUCUGGCCUUCCUCCUCCUCGGGCUGGCUGCUAAAAGGUGUGCCUGUGUCUCAGAGGGGCGGGUUGUAAAAAGGUGGCUGGUGGUGGGAUGAUGCAGCCUUACUGUCAGGACUAGCCUUACAGCAGAGCUUUUGGGAGAGAACGAGUGUGUAUUCUAAAUAUGUUUGCCAAAAAUUGAAAAGGGGGUAAUUUAUGCAAAACAAAGACCUUUGGAACCUUUAAGAAAUUACGGACCUUUUAAAGGUAGCGUAGUUUUUUCACCAAGUGAUGCAUUCACCUUGACACUUCUUGCCAGAAAGUUUGGGAUAAGCUAGAAAAAUUGUGUUUAAAACACCACCCCACCCCCCUUUUUAAUUUUUUCCAAGGAAUUAUUUGUGUAGUAUUUCUGAAUUGUGCCUUUGUGAGUACAGAGACCGCCUUCUUUAGGGAGAUGCUGUCCAGUGGGAUGAAACAGAAAGAUGGUCAGCUUAGUCUUUAGGGGAGUCUGACUUUCUCCUGGCAGCCCCCAGGGCAGCCGUGGACUUCUCACUAGCAUCAAUAUUGCACAGUGUUGCUUGUGGAAGAGACUCUGGGGCCCAGGAGAGGAGAAAAUCAGGUAAAGGAGCACCCAGGACUCUGUUGAGACCCAGGUUAGCCCAAGAGUGCAGGUUGAAUCUCUGUCUGUAUUACCUAGUUGUACUUGGGUACACGGACGCAUGCAUGGCUGUGGCCAUCUUUUCCUUUUUCUGUAAGCACUGAAGAACUGAAAUAUGGUGAUGUCUGUGACGCACUCUUGCAUGUCAAGAAGGCGUUUUCUAGCUUCUGCCACACGCGGGGCAUAGAGCGCAUCCCAUCCUGAGUCUUUGUCGCGGGAAGGCCAUCCUUUCCCAAAUCAGAGUCCUGUGUUGUUGCCGUUUAUGCGAGAAGGGUGCGGCACACGAGGGAAAAGGUUUUGAAAAAGUAAGGUCAAAGUGUCCGAGAAAGAAAAGAGAAAAAUCUGAAAUCGUAUUUUGUUUCUUCAGAACUAUUUUAUAAGCAUGGAAACCUGCAGUGUCUAUUCAUGUGUGUUUAGGCUUGUUUUAAACGAUUCCACCUCUUCUCCCCACUUUCAGUCUUCUAAAGAAACAUUAAGUGAAUGCUAAGGGCCAUUUCCGUAGUUCUUCCAGACUCCCCCAAAGAGGAAAACAGCCCCUCCGCGAGAUUCCUUCUGCUUCCUCCGGGAAGACGCAGGGAGGCCAGGCGAGAUGCCGCCGCUUGCUUUGCAUCACUCUCAUUCCUCUCAAAUGGCCUUGAAAUGUAUUAUUAUGCAAAUGUGAAUUUUGAUACUGAAUUUAAGAAGAGGUCGCUGAGUUUGUUGUCUUUGUUUUGUUUUUUUCCCAAAAAAAGUCCCACAUGUAGUCAUCGUUGCUUCUUUAUUUUGUAUCACGAAUUAAUUGUAACUAUGCAUUCUGCAAAAGGCGGGGAGGAGAGGACCGAAGGGGAAAAGAAGUGGCUUUGCAUCCUUGUUCUACAGUUUCUGUGUCCAUGGUGUCCCAUGUCCUGGAGGGGGAGGGGAGCGAGAUGCUGGCAGGUCAGCACAGUGAAGUGGGAGAGACCCCGGAGGGAGUCCUCUCUGGGUCACAGGCAGGCCUGAUAAAGCCAGGCAAAUUCCAGGGGCCUGCAGCAGUCCCUAUAAAGACCUGAUACAGCACUCAGUCCUAGCCGCGCAGUGUUAACCCCGUGUGACAGUGGGACCUCUGCAGCUCCAGUGUCCUGUGGGAAAAAGUACUCAUCCUUUCCUGGAUUCAGACCCUUUCAAGCUCAGGAAACCGUGCUGACCUUCAAGCUAAUCUGUAUGUCAAUUCCAGAAAGAUCCUCCUCUCUCUCUCUUUUCAUUUUCCUUCUUUUUUGUUUUUUUAAGAGUCGGAAGUGAACUUACACUAAAUUACAAGGAAAUUGUCUUCUUCUGCAGGGAAGACGGCUGUUGCUUGGAAGGCAAAAAAGGAUCCCCUUCCCCAUCCGCUGUCUCCCCCUACCACCCCGCCAAAUGUCAUCCCUGCCCCCCUUGCAGCCAGUGAGCAGUGAGGUGUUUGACACAGGACGCCUGCACUUUCCUCUUGGUCCUAACAGAGUUCCUUUACUGGUCUUGCCUGUGGUACAUCGAGGCAUCUGCAUCGCCCUGGUCUAGGAACCAUUGGUAACAACCAGUACCCCGAGGAAGAGCUGGCUCUCCUGUACUCACUGUUGUCCAUACAGCCCUUUCUGUUGGUGAUGUUCACAGUCCUGUAACCAGUCAUAGACUUGAUCCCCGUCUCCUCGGGCCUGUGCCGGGCUGCUCAGGCAUGAUCUCAUCAGGGCUCCAAUCUGUUAGAUUGCCUUUAAACAAAAACCAACAAAAUGAAAAAAUAAAAUCCUGACGUUUCAACUGUCUGACACAAAGCGAUACCUCCAGGUCCAUUUCCCUCUUGCUGUGUAAACCCUUCACUCCUCUCCCCUUUUCUGACACCAGUAGGUUAUCCUUUUUAAAAUAUGAACAUGUAAAUAGCAGGAUAACUUUUUAAAAAUUUCUUUGCUGUGAAAGUAACCCUAAAUAGGAUGUUUUCCAUUUUUUAAGCCAUCAUAUGUUUCAGAUCUUCUUUCUUGUGUAAGAGGUAAAAGCAGAGCAGGUCAGAGGAGUGGGUUUGUGUUUGUGGGGUGUCUCUCUCUCUGUGGCCUCUCAUACACGGUGACAGCAGACUGCUGUUGGAGCCCUAGUUCCACAGGGUGGGGAGUGUCUGAAUCCCUGUCUUCCAGAAGACCCACCCCUGCCGGGGACUCCAGAAUGUUUACUGUGCUGGAAGACCUCGAGCUCUCAGCCUCUCCUGGUUCAAAAGUGCACACCCUUGACUCACCGAGUAGAAUUCUGUAGUUCACAAAGGGAAAUAGUCCCUUGCGUUUCUAUUUGGAGAUGUAGGCAUCAUCGCCUCCUGGCUUUGUGAAGCUUUGGAAAUGGCUUUUCUUUCUUACCGAGAAGGAAACUCACCUAAAGAGAUGUGCAAACAGCCACCCUGGAAGGUGGGUGCCUCCUGAGACCUUUCUCACAUCCCUGAGUCUUAAAUACAUUUGUUAAAUUUGUUAAAUACAUUAACAAACGCUGCUUGCCAGGACCUGUCAGCUACUGCUCUCUGAAAUUUGGGCACCCACAAGGCACGGUUGGAAUGGAUAAUUGGGCAUAGCUUCUUCUUCACAACCAAUCUCCUUCCCCCCAUCUUAGAAACCCUCCUUCUGUUAAGACGACUCUUUAGUUUGCUCCUCACCCGUCUUGGCAUAGUGACGACUUCCUUUGAGGGGAAGAAGCUUGGUUAUAAGUAUAUGUAUAUUAUCCACCCGCCUUUUGGUUUGGGCGCUGUCGCCCCAGGGUGUUUAUUUGGAGACCCCUUUCCUCUCCAUCUCCUUCCUCUGAGCCCCAUAAAUUCUUCCCGUCCUUAUACCCCUCGAUGAUGCUCCCAAAGGGCUUUCUAACCUCUGAACUUCUUUCCGGGACACUCCCCCACCGCUACCCAUUGCGCACACCAGUGACCAAAGUGUAUCCAGCGAUCUCACAGAAGACAUCAAAAUGGUGCACCGCGAACGUGCUCAGACACGUGCACAAGCUUCUGCACCCUUGGCCUUAAUCUCAGUGUGACGUAAGGGGCAGGAACGUUUUCAACAGGUUUUCAAAAAACCCUUCUGGGAGGCAAAAAAAAAAAAAAGGCAGAUGCAGCAGCUCAACCGUGCCCUAACUCUCCACUCUUUGCUCACAAUGUCCCAUUCUGUACCCACCCCACCCCACCCCCACUUUGAGUAACCAAAAACAGAUGACAAAAGCAACCUGAGGAGAGGUUUCUGGACUAUUUUCUCUUUCUCCAUCGAGGUGGAGACACGAAAUGCUGCUUUGGGUUCCAUAAUCCUAGGGGGCUAUGUUUACAUAGUAAAAUACAUCCUACCAAAUCAGGAAACCACAAUGAGUGGGCCUCACUUCAGUGAGCGUUAGGUCACUGGGGCUGAGCCAGAGAAGUGAGAGACCUGGGGCGGGGGCAGAGGAGGAGGGAUGGAGAAGUCCUGUUUUAAUUAUUUGUGACGCGUUACUCUCUCCCUCCUCGGCGCCUGCCUUCACUUCUCUUCUUGCCCCCUUUAAACAGAAGGUGCAGAGAAGGGCAUCAAACAGAGGCUGGGUUUUGAUUAAAAGGCAGCUCUCCAACUUUGCACACAAACAGGUAACAGGAAGGUACAGCAGAAACCCUCUCACCUGAAACACUGUCAGCAGAAACAAAACCUGUAAAAAUGACUCAGUAGCUGCACAUGUUGAUGCUCUCUGCAAGUUACCUAGAAGUGUUUUGUUUUUCUUAUACUUGAAAUAGCUUUUACAAUAUUAUUUUGGUGGCUUGCUUUUCUCUCUUCCGGUGGGCAGUAGAGAAAGUUGACAGUGGUGUUUUAGGAAGCUUGUGGGGAGAAAAGGGAGGAUAUGGCAUUGUCUUUUCUUUUUUUUUUUUUUUUAAUAACAUGGAGGUUUAGUCAAACUCCCAUAUGUUGGAUUGCUCCUCAUAUUACUGGUUUUACAUGGACACAGAAACUAGGCACUUUGGAGGUGCACUUGCAUGCAGGCUGGGCCCCCCUUUUCUAUAUUUUAUUUUACUAUUUUAGUAUAGUGGUACUUAAAAUCACUGGUUCACUUAAAAAACAAUAAAAUGUUAAACUCUACUAAUGUACAAAUAAGCUGCAAAGUUGCAUUUUAUGUGUAUUUUUUGCCAUAGCAGGUACUGUAUUUCUCAUGCUGGAUUUAAAAAAAAAAAAUCAAAAACAAAAAAAACUAAAGGG